AUGGGAAAUCAAACUUCUCAGUCUGAAUUCAUUUUGCUUGGCCUGUCAGACCUCACAUAUUCUCAGGUCUCAGUAUUUCUGCUGAUCCUCCUCAUCUAUGUAGCCACAUUGGUUGGGAAUCUUCUCAUCAUUUUCCUGGUGGUCUCAGACUACCACCUCCACACCCCCAUGUACUUUUCUCUGGGAAACCUAUCAGCUUUAGACAUCUUCAACUCCUCCAUUUCCACAUCUCAUGUGUUUUUUGAUGUAAUUACUGAAAACAGGCUGAUUUCAUACCCAACUUGUAUCACCCAGGUCUUCCUCUUCAUUUGGUUUGGCAGCACUGAGUUCUUUAUACUUGAUAUUAUGUCCUACGAUCGCUAUGUUGCCAUCUGUCAUCCUUUGCAUUAUACAACCAUGAUAAGCAUUCACUUGUGUGUUCAGCUAGCGUUCUUUUCCUGGCUCUUCAGAUUUAUAUGUUGCUUGGCACACACGUUUUUGGCACUAAGACUGGCCUUCCCUGACCCCACCACUAUCCCAGGCUUAUUCUGUGAGCUAUAUCAGCUUCUUCAACUUUCAUCUUCUGACACAUUCCUCAAUUAUUUACUUUUAUAUUUUGAUGCUGUAAGUUUUGGAGUCCCUGGGUUUUUCAUUACUUUCCUCUCCUAUGUCUACAUUUUCAAAACUAUCCUGAAAAUGAAAUUGAAGGAUGGAAGACGGAAAGCUUACUCCACCUGCAGUUCUCACCUCACCGUGGUCUUCAUCUUUUUUGGGACGAGUAUUUUCAACUACUAUCAACCCAAAAGUGAGAAUUCUCUGGCAGGCAGAUUGAUCUCUUUAUUUUAUGCAGUGUUCACCCCUCUCCUAAACCCGCUUAUAUACAGCCUGAGAAACAGAGACCUAAAAGGAGCUCUUCAGAAAAUUCUACCCAGAAAAGGCACCAUGUCCUGA